GAACACGGUAAGGUCAGUAACACUGGAUCGCGCAAUAAUAACGAAACGAAACGGUGAGUUCUGAGAACACGAAGAAGAGUCCCCGUCGUAUUCUUCUGGCUCUGAUUUCUCGUACUUUCCGCAGCCUGUUCCUACGAUCUGUGUUAUUAGCGGAAGCGACCAUGAGAUCCACACCGGUUAUUCUCUUGCUUUUGCUUCAUUCAUUGUUAUGCUUCUCCUCUCUGUCUUUGUCGCACGCCAUAUCAGCCGGUGAUGGGUACACGAUCAACGGUCGGGUGAAGCUUCGAAGUAUGGGUGCACAAGGUUUUGGUCUUCCUGGAAAAUUAUCAAAUGUCAAAGUUAUACUAAAUGGAGGCCAAAGGGUUACUUUUCUGAGACCUGAUGGAUAUUUCUCGUUCCAUAACGUGCCAGCAGGAACUCAUCUAAUUGAGGUGGAUGCUAUAGGCUAUUUCUUUUCUCCGGUCCGAGUUGAUGUCAGUGCCAGAAAUCCAGGUAAGGUUCAGGCAACACUUACAGAGAACAGGAGGGGUCUGAAUGAGUUGGUUCUAGAGCCGUUGAGAGAGGAACAGUAUUAUGAGAUUAGAGAACCCUUUUCCAUCAUGUCUCUUGUGAAAAGCCCAAUGGGUCUGAUGAUGGGAUUUAUGGUGGUGGUUAUGUUUCUAAUGCCCAAAUUAAUGGAGAACAUGGACCCUGAGGAAAUGAGGCGAGCACAAGAAGAAAUGAGGAGCCAAGGGGUUCCCUCUCUGGCGAACAUGUUACCUGGUGGUGCUGCCAGGAGUUAAGAGGAUUAGUUUGAAAAACUGUGAACCACGGGCCCCUUCUCUGUUCCAAGGCUGAAAGGUUAUGAAAAGUUUGAGGUUGGAGCCCCUUUAGGCCUUUGUUAUAAUCAAGCAAAUAUGCUCUGGGACAUUUAUCUGAAUUUAUGCUCUCAAAUUCUGCUUCUUUUUUGUUGGUACAUCUGAAAUAAAGGUUUUUAAUAUUUGGGUUUGUGA